AUGAAUGGCUAUGAUGCAGAUGAAAGGCCCCUGAAGAAGAGGCGUUUCUUUGUCGACGAAGAAGACACUGCCCCACCAACUAACAAUGCCAUCCCAGAAAGCCUCGACGUGCCCGCUCCUCCAUCUCUAGAGCCGGUUCAAGUGCAACCCACACCCCUCGAGAGUCCUCAACCCGCGAACUCAGUGCUCGUGUCUCCGUCAUCUUCACUUCACGAUAACAAUGUUGAUACUCGGGCGCAGAACGAUGCUGCGAGCACGGAACGCGACGCCGAAAAUUCGAGACCGGAGGAAGGGUUAGAUUCACAAGGGUUUGACACGGCAACGUUCACAAGUAUCGUUGGAGAGAACCUCCCUGCGGACGCGAUACGGAAGAUUCGGAACGCAUCCGGCGGUGACCUCGAGAGAGCCGUCAACUUGUAUUUCGAUGGGUCGUGGAAAUCCUUCACCAAUAAUGCCUCGAGUCAGACUACCCUUACAGGUCGCCAACCUUCGCUUCCUACGCGUCCACCGGUUAAUAUGACGCCUCUGUUGUCAAAAUUGCAAGAUCGCAUUGAAACACCAGUCACUGGAAACGAGACAUCGAGACGCGCAUCGCAACCUUCUCUCCGAUACAUAGGUGCGUUUGGCGUUGGGGCAUGGGCUACGAGGAGUGGAGUGAGCCUGCUCAAGCAUGGAGACCAUGUCAAUAUUGAGCGUACACGAUCCCAGCCGACCUCGAAGCGGAAUCGCUCGGGGAAGCUCAUUGCCAACCAGAAAGGCGAUGUCCUUACGCGAUUCACCACAAAGUCUGGCCAGGAGAUAGGGAGGCUCCCUCGGGAAACGGCGGAGUGGGUGUCGACGCUAUUGGAUCAGAAAGUGUGCAAGUUUGAUGGCGUCUGCGUAUACGUGCCGGACAGGGUUCGCGUGAAUGACACGAUCUAUCUGCAGCUGUGGUGCUACUUGCGGACUGAGGCAUUCCAGCCCUGGAUUAUCAAUGAUUUGAGCGAUGAUAACAGGACGAUUUCUCACUUCGAGGAGAAGGAAAAUACCGAGGAAAAGAAUCUGCGCCUUCGUCAAGUUGCUCUGGUCAAACUCUUCGAUGAGAUCGGCCUUCCGCCGAGCUCGGCCAACGAUAUGACGCGGGCCCACAAGAAAGAAGGACUACUUCGUGCGGCGGAGAUGUCGGAGCAGUAUGAGCGAGUCAAGAAGGAGAAUCAGGCGAACAAUGCUUCUUCUGAUGAGGAGGACACCCCGGAGCUGGAAGAGGAUCAACUCGACACGCUCUACAAGAAGGCCCAGUCUUUUGACUUCAACAUGCCGGAAGCUGAACCUGCGUCGACAUUCACGAUGAAUCUCCGGAAAUACCAGAGGCAAGCUCUGUACUGGAUGCUUGCAAAAGAAAAGGAUAACAAGACCGCGAGGGGGACGUCGCUACACCCGUUGUGGGAGGAGUAUGCCUGGCCGUCCAAGGAUGUCGACGACAAGGACGUCCCGGCUGUUGAAGGCAUUGAUCAUUUCUAUGUCAAUCCGUACUCCGGAGAGCUUAGCAUCGACUUCCCCGUACAAGAGCAACACUGCCUUGGGGGCAUUCUUGCCGACGAGAUGGGCUUGGGCAAAACAAUUGAAAUGCUCAGUCUUGUCCACUCCCACAGAACGUUGCCUGAAACCCCUAGCGAUUUGGUGCGACUACCUCGGCCAUCUUCCGGUGUUGUUUCUGCGCCAUAUACCACCCUUGUUAUAGCGCCUACGUCCCUGCUUUCGCAGUGGGAGAGCGAGGCUCUGAAGGCUUCACAGCCGGGUACACUGAAAACCCUCAUGUAUUAUGGGGCGGAUAAAAAUAUCAAUCUAAAGGAGCUGUGCGCUGCAGGCAAUGCAGCAGCUCCUAACCUCAUCAUUACAAGCUACGGGGUUGUCCUCGCGGAAUACCGUCAACAUCUGUCUACAAUCCUCUCACAGGUCGCCCCCGGAGGUUUAUUUUCCGUGGAUUUCUUUCGGAUCAUUAUUGACGAAGCGCACAUGAUCAAAAACCGACAGUCGAAGACGGCCAAGGCCUGCUAUGAGCUUAAAGCAACACACAGAUGGGUUCUGACCGGAACGCCAAUUGUCAAUCGACUCGAAGAUCUGUUCAGCUUGGUGAGGUUCCUGAAGGUGGAACCUUGGAACAAUUUCUCGUUCUGGAAGACGUUCAUCACUGUUCCAUUCGAAACCAAGGACUAUGUGCGUGCUCUCAACGUCGUGCAGACCGUCCUGGAACCUCUGGUGCUGCGACGUACCAAGACUAUGAAGACACCGGAGGGCGAGCCUCUGGUGCCGUUACCACGUCGGCACAUCGCAAUCGAAGAGGUCGAGCUCACGGAGCAAGAACGGGAGAUCUACGACUGCAUCUAUACUCGGGCAAAGCAGACAUUCAACCACAACGUCGAAGCCGGUACUCUCCUUAAGUCCUACUCGACCAUCUUCGCGCAGAUCCUUCGUCUUCGCCAGACAUGUUGCCAUCCCAUCCUCACCCGCAACAAAGCCAUCGUCGCAGACGAGGAAGACGCAGCGGCCACCGCCGACGCAUCCAACGACCUCAAAGACGAUAUGGACCUGCAAGACCUCAUCGACCGCUUCAAGACAAUGACAGAAGAAGCGGAAUCCAACCAGCCCCAAGACCCGCUCUCCAAAUUCACCGCCCACGCCCUGAAGCAGAUUCAGGACGAAACCAGCGGAGAAUGUCCCAUCUGCUCCGAAGAGCUCAUGAUCGACCCGGGAGUGACCUCCUGCUGGCACAGUGCCUGCAAAAAGUGUCUGGACGACUACAUCCGCCACCAGACCGACAAAGGCGUGCCCCCUCGAUGCUUCUCAUGCCGCGCACCCGUCACAGCGCGCGACAUCUUCGAGGUGGUCCGCCACCAAUCCUCCUCCGACUCGACCACACCCACCGAGGAAGACGAUAUAUACAACAGCACGCCCCCAACCGCCACCCAGGCCCCUCCUCGCAUCUCCCUCCGCCGCAUCAACCCCCUCUCCCCCUCCGCACACACCUCCGCCAAAAUCCACGCCCUCCUCACUCACCUCGCCCGCGUUCCUCCCGACACCAAAUCCGUCGUCUUCUCCCAGUUUACCAGCUUCCUCGACCUCAUCGAGCCACAGCUCACCCGAGCCGGUAUCCCCUUCGUCCGUCUCGACGGCUCUAUGCCCCAAAAGGCUCGAGCCGAGACCCUGGCCCAGUUCAACCGCACGGAAGCCCUCGACCGAGACGCGUUCGAGAUCGAAGACGCAGAGCGUCGCCCUACCAACCGAUCCAAUCCCUCAUCGCCACCUCCCAAAGUCCUCCUCAUCAGCCUUCGCGCCGGCGGCGUCGGCCUCAACCUCACCGCCGCCAACAACGUCUUCAUGAUGGAUCCCUGGUGGAGUUUCGCCAUCGAGGCCCAGGCCAUCGACCGCGUCCACCGCAUGGGCCAGCUCCGGGAUGUGAAUGUCACGCGGUUUGUCGUGAAGGAUUCCAUCGAGGGCCGCAUGUUGCGCGUCCAGGAGCGGAAGAUGAAUAUCGCGGGCUCUUUGGGGCUGCGUGUGGGUGGAGAUGGAUCGGAGGAUGAAAAGAAGAAAGAUCGCAUUGAGGAGCUGAAGUUGUUGUUUGAGUAGAUUAUCUUCAUCAUAAUCGUCGUCGUCUAUCGGCAUCGGUAUCCUACUCUCUCUCUUUCUCUCUGUCUAUGGCUGGGUGUGUGUAUGUGUGUUUGUAUGGAUGUGUUAGGGGG